AUGAUUUUUUUCUUCUUCAGAUGGCCAGUUCACUAAACCUAAAUUUCAAGAUCAAAAUAUUUGGAAUGAGAAGAAAUAUCAAGAUGGAGAAAUCAAAGUUAUUAAAAGGAGUAUUGAACCAGAAGCCCUCCAAGGACACCCGUUGUAUUAUGAAAUGUGCACAAUUACUUGUAGUCUUUUUGUCCUUCUAUGUUUUAUUGGAACUUGGAGUGGUGCUGGAACCCUAGCCCAUGCUGAAAGGAUGUCAGGAACUGUGGAAAGAAUGAGGAUGUAUGGAAUUAGCGAUUUGUCUAUAAUAUGCAGCUAUGUUAUGCAUGCUGGUAUCAAGCAAUUGAUAUCUGCUUUGUUAAUAUCAUUAUAUUUAAAAUUUGGAUUUGGUGACCCACAAAUUGUAAAACGUUUAGAUUUUUUUUCACUUUUUGUGACAAUAUUUCUAGUGAGUCUUCAUUCCACAGUUUACUUUCUUGGUGUGGCUUCUUUUUUUAAUAGUAGUAUUCUUCGUGGAAUUGUUGGAAAUGUCUCCUUUAUCUAUUUUUAUCUGUGGGCUUUAAAGCAAAAUUUUUCUCUUACUGCACAAUAUUUUGGUCAUAUGUUUGCACCGUUUUGCUUAGUUACUUUAUCAACAGUAGUAUGUGGUUUGGAAGCACAUGGUGGAGUUACAUUAGAGAGUCUAAUAUCAGCUACCGACAGGAAUGAUAUCCCACUCCUGGUUAUUCCCCUUCUGAUGAUCUUUGGUUCAGCUGUUGUUUUGCUAGUUUUUUUUUACUUGCUAAAUAUUAAUCCUGGGCCAUAUGGGAGUGCUAGGCCUAUUUGUUUUAUAUUGCCACAAGGUCUUCAAGGAUGCUUUAGACCAAGUCACUUUAAAGGACAUAAAAGUAAAAGUGGUGAGAAAUUUAGGAAUGGUCUUUAUGAAUUAACUCCAUUGAACAUUGAAGUAGGAAUAAAAAUUGAAAACCUAUACAAAAAGUACGGAAAUCUUACAUCAGUAAAAAACUUGUCAUUAAAUAUAUAUAUGGGACAAAUUACUGCUCUUCUUGGCCACAAUGGAGCUGGAAAAACUACCACUCUUUCCAUUUUGUCAGGUAUGUUGUCACCUACUUCAGGAUCAGCUUUCUAUCAAGGUUACGAUAUAUUCACAAAUUUAAAAAAAUUUCGUAAAGAUAUUGGACUAUGCCCUCAAAAUAAUUUACUACAUCCAAAUCUUGAUGUAAACAAUCAUCUGAUAUUUUUUGGAAUGCUCAGCGGAUUGUCGAAAAAAGAUGCAGAAGAAAGUGCCAAUGAUCUUUUGAAAGUUGUGGGAAUAUUUGAAAAAAAAUAUGCUCAAAUAACUGAAUUGUCUGGUGGUAUGCAACGGAAACUAUGCAUUGCCCUCUCACUUGUUGGAAAACCAAAAGUGGUAAUUCUUGAUGAACCUACCUCUGGUGUAGAUCCUGAGUCAAGAAGGGAAAUUUGGAAUAUACUUUUGGAAUCAAGAGAAAAUAGAAUUUUGCUCCUCACAACUCACUUCAUGGAAGAAGCAGAUGCAUUGGGCGAUCAGAUAGCAAUUAUGAAUCAUGGGGAGAUUGUAUGUUAUGGGUCCCCUAUGUUUUUGAAGAAGCAUUAUGGGGCGGGAUAUAAUAUUACAGUAUCUUGUAGCCAGGACAAACACAAGAAGAUAAUUGAAACUGUUACUGAAAAAAUACCUCAAGCUACAAUUAUUGGUGAAACUCAAGAAUGGAUAAAACUUAAAUUACCCUUUAAUAAAACUGAACAUUUUCCAGAGUUAUUCAAACAAUUAGAGUCUGAUAAUAAAACAUCUAGAAUUUCAAUCAACUGCACAACAAUGGAGGAUGUUUAUUUAAAAGUUGAGGCAGAAGAAGGUGGAGAAAUACCCACUGUAUCAGAAUCACCUUUACCCCAAGAAAAAUAUACAAAUGAAAAAGGAAACAUAAUGGCUUACUUCUAUAGAUUUAUGGAAUUGGUGAAGAAAAAUAUGAUUUGUAGUUUAGCAAGGUGGUUUAAAACAUUUCUUGUGAUUGUUAUUUGUCCUCUAGUGGCUACAUACGUUGCAAUGGAUGGGAUUAAUACUGAUUUAACCAAGUACCAUAGAUUAAACCGGUCACAAGAUUUGAAUGUUAAUUUAAGUUAUGGAAAUUCCAGUGUCAUACCUGUCUCGAUUCCCUGUUUUUCGGACCCAGUUCGUUCCAUAAGGAUUUACUUGUUCUCGUUGUGGGUUUCCUACGUCAUUUUCAUUGUUUCGUCAACUUUUUUUAACUUUGUCCACAAAGAGAGAAUAUCUACUGUCAAACAUCUUAUACUUAUGACUGGGAUUUCACCACUUACUUAUUGGAGUUCUGUGCUCUUAUGGGAUGCUAUGUUAUAUUUGAUUUUUGUAAUAAUUUCUUGGAUUACAUUCCUUACAUUAGAUUAUGGGACUCUGUUCGACACAGGCAGUGGCAUUUAUGUUUUAUUCUUGGUAUUAUUUUUAUCUGGUAUGAGUAUGAUUUCAUCAGUUUACUUUGUUUCUCUUUUAUUCAAGACGAUGCGAUCAGUUGUAGUAUUCUACUUUACUGCAGUCUUCACAAUUGGUUUUAUUGGUAAUUUUAUUGCAAAUAUUUCCAGUAAUUUUUACAGUAAAGUUAUGAAAUUGCAACCAUUUACUGCUUCGAUGUUAGCAAUGGUGGACUUUUCAACUUUGGCAGAAAAAAAAAGAAACUGCAAAUACUGUGUAACAGUAAACUGUCCAGAUAUUCUUAAAUCAGCGUUUUUAAAAGAUGAUCAACUAUGGAGGGACUUAAUGUUUCUUGUUGGGGACUUUUUUCUUUACUUUUCUUUAGCCGUUUUAACAGAUUAUGGUUUGUUCCCUUUUUUGUGGAAUAAAAUUGACUCUAUAUUUACUGGGACUAUUGAUAAUACUGGCCUAAAGAGAGUAGUCAGUGACGUUGCUAGAGAGAAGAGCAGGGUGGAUGGUUUACUCACUGCAGAUACUCAAAAAGAUAAAAUAGCAAUUGUGGAUGGCCUUGGUAAAAAAUAUUCUCGCUCCAUGGUAGCAGUUGUUGAUGUUACAUUUGCUGUGUCCAAAGGAGAGUGCUUUGGUCUUUUGGGAGUUAAUGGUGCUGGUAAAUCAACUACAUUUAAUAUGUUGACUGGAGUCCUGUAUCCUACAAAAGGAAAUGUUUUCAUAAAAGGCCAUUCCCUUAGCAAGGAGAAAACAAAGUGUUUAUCAAUGAUUGGGUAUUGUCCACAACAUACUGCUUUAAUUGAAAGUCUUACAUCAAAACAAAUGUUGACCCUAUUUGCCCGCUUGCGUAUGAUUCCUUCACAAUAUGUUGAUAAAGAAGUAAAAAAAUGGAUCACUCUUUUUGGGCUCGAGGAGUAUAGUGACGUACCAUCUAAAAAUUACAGUGGAGGAAAUAAGAGGAAGCUGAAUGCUGCUCUAGCAUUCAUUGGUGACCCAUUUAUAAUCCUCCUGGAUGAACCUACAAGUGGUGUAGACCCAUUCAUUCGCAGAAAUUUAUGGAAGGUCAUAGAAGCUUGUGGCAGUUACGAUCAAGCCAUUAUUAUUUCAUCUCAUAGUAUGGAUGAAUGUGAAGCAGUAUGUAACAGACUAACCAUCAUGGUUGGAGGGAAAAUGGAGUGUAUAGGAAAAACUCAAUAUCUGAAAAGAUUAUAUGGCACAGGAUAUGUGAUAAAAAUAACCUUAUCACCUCACACAGAUAAUGAAAUUACAACAUUAAAGAAUAUUAUAGAAUCUACAUUUUCACCGCAUUGUGAGCUGAAAGAUGAACAUCAGGUACUUCUCCAUUAUCUUAUAAGAACAAAUUUUUACAAAAUAUCGAGUCUAUUCAAUAUCAUGGAAGGAAUAAAGAACCAAUCAAACAUAGUGAACGAUUAUAUAAUCACUGAUUCCAGUUUAGAAGAGGUGUUUUUAGGUUUUGCUAAAAAUCAAUAAUUAAGAAAGGAUAUAAUUGGAAAACUUCACAUAUAAAUCUCAAGUCACUAAAAUAUAGGCAAACAAACUAAGGUGUCAAAGCCGAUUAAGAACAUCGAUCCCAUAAGCACGAGUGGUUGUGUACCAGACACCCCUCAGCAUAUCAUACUUGUCUGAAUAUCUAUUAAGAUCUGAGGGCUAAGUUGCUGAGGGUAACAGAGCUCUGGAAUCAGGAAGGUAGUCAGAAAUGGUUGAACCAAAGAACGAUCUGAGUGCACAGCUAAAGAAAAAUCUAAUUGUUUUACUCUAGGAAGCAAUCUCUACAAAUAGAAGAGUAAUACACCAGAGACGAAAUGAUUUUCAUCAAAAUUAUUACCCAAAUUAUGCCUAAUAUAAAAUGAAUAAGCAGGAGUAAGAUAUGCUUUUCAGGAUGAGUCAUAGGCUGAAAGCGGAUACGACCAAGCACCGCUAACUUUAUAAAUAAAAUAAACUUUAGCCUAUUAAUAAAGAAACUUAAUUAGAGACAUGUACAAUGAAAGACAAUCCAAAUAUGGAGUCCUUCACAUAUGUCUCAUUUUUCCUCUUCAAUUGUUAUUAUUUUUAUGGAAAGUGGAAGUGGGGCACUCGUGAAGUAAUUGGCCAGAGGCAUCUAAUAUCAAAGGCGGCCUGCUGUUCAGUUGCCAAUUUUAAUGUCAGAUCUAACUAUUCCAACAAAUAUCAAAGAAGAAUGUAAAAUAUAAAAUUCAAUAAUAAGUCUAUUGUUUUAUAUUUUAUUUUUACCACAUGUUUACAAAACAUUCAUACAUAUUUC